GCGACCGUCGAUCUAAAAAAACAAAUUCACGAGUUUGUGAGUUGUUGUGUUUGUUUUCGUGUACGAUUUUCUUUUGUGUCAUUUGGAUCUCGAGAUCCACGGCGCAAUGGCAGACGACAGAACAAAACAGAUUUCGAGACGAAAAUUUCGACAGACCACUUAAAGUUCCAACAAAAUGUGAACAAUGAAACUGGAAGUCGUAUUCAGCCUUGAACUGGGCAACUUCACAGCGGACCUGCAAGAUCUAUCCACAUCCAUGUAUCUAACGGACACUUACGUGAACAGGACGCUGGAAGUGAACUUAACGACCAAUGACUUGGUUUACUCGAAUCAGUUCGAAGACGAUCCACUAAUUGUGUUUUUAAUCAUACUAAAAUGCAUGAUAAUGCUGUUCAUAAUAUUGGCAGCGAUAUUCGGCAAUCUGUUGGUUAUAGUAUCGGUUAUGAGACACAGGAAGUUGCGGGUGAUAACGAACUAUUUUGUCGUGUCGCUGGCUUUGGCUGAUAUGUUGGUCGCUAUUUGGGCGAUGUGCUUCAACUUCAGCGUGGAGAUCACCAACGGGGAAUGGUUAUUUGGCUAUUUCAUGUGCGACGUUUGGAAUUCGUUGGACGUGUACUUCUCGUCGGCGAGCAUUCUUCAUUUGUGCUGCAUCAGUGUCGACAGAUACUACGCAAUCGUCCAGCCAUUGGACUACCCGUUAAUUAUGACCACGGCCAAGCUCGGCAUAAUGUUGGCUGUGGUUUGGUGCAGUCCGGCGCUGGUCUCGUUUCUACCGAUCUUCAUGGGUUGGUACACAACCGAGGAUCAUUUGGACUUCAGAAGACGCUACCCGAAAGUGUGCAGUUUCACAGUCAACAAAGUGUACGCAGUGAUAUCGAGCAGUAUAAGUUUCUGGAUUCCCGGUGUGAUUAUGUUGUUCAUGUAUUACAGGAUUUAUGUGGAAGCCGAUAGACAGGAGAGAAUGCUGUACAGGAGUAAGGUGGCCGCGUUGCUGCUAGAUAAGCAUUUGCAAAUCAACGGCAUCUCCAUGGGCGAGGUGAUGCGAGAACGCACCAGUAUCCAAAUGCAGCCGAUGGCGAGCAGCAAAAUGAAGAGGGAACGAAAGGCGGCCAGAACUUUGGGGAUCAUCAUGUCAGCAUUUUUGGCCUGCUGGCUACCUUUCUUCUUGUGGUAUAUUAUAACAGCUCUUUGUGGGGAUGACUGUCCAUCGCCUCCGCCGGUGGUGGCUGCGGUCUUCUGGGUGGGGUAUUUCAACUCCGCACUCAACCCGCUCAUCUAUGCGUAUUUCAACAGAGAUUUCAGAGCGGCGUUCCGAAAGACCUUGGAUUCUUGCUGCAGGUCGCUGUGCGGUGACGUGGCCCGCCGCUAUUGUUGUCGCAGGCCGCGUCGCGACCAGCACCAUUCGAACGCGUCCUCCGACAUCCACAUGAACAACUGCGUCAAGUCGACUUCAGCAGACGUUCUGAGAGCCCACCUGCCUUCGUGCUCGCGACCAGAUGACAUCGUGUUUGCGACGUGA